AUGCCGUGUAAUGGGCACAAUAUUGCAAAUCAGUACUCCUACAGAAAAGCUGAAAGUUGUUUUGGUGUGAUAGUCCGUGGGCCUAUGGAACGAAAAGAACUGACCCUAAGUUUUCACAAUCUUAUUAAACGAGAUGAAGAAUUAUACAGUUACACAAACCAAGGUAUGGAGACCCCAACUCCGUCAUCACCUGGUGAUUGCCUGCAAGGAAUAUUUCAAAACCUGGACUCCUUGACACCUGGAAUAGACUCUGAUUUUGAUGAGUGCCUUGCAGUUCCUGAGUCUCUCUCUGUUAUAGAAAUAGAUAAAUGUAAAGAGGAAACUGAUGCAUCAGUACCUCUAGCUAAAUCAGUGCCUUACAAAAGCAUACACUCUACGCCAAUAAAAUUCAAAUCAGUGCAUAGGAAAGUGUUCAUUCCGGGUGUUGAAAUAAAGGUCAGAUUUGUGGAGAAUGAAAGGAGUGUUACCACACAUCUUCUUAAUCCUAAUCUAUAUACGAUAAACCUGGAACAUGGCGACUUCAAAUGGACGAUAAAAAAGCGAUACAAACACAUACUCUACUUGCACCAACAACUGGCUUUAUAUAGAACGUCGUUAAAAAUACCAUUUCCAACAAAAUCACACAAAACAAGACGAGCCAGUUUUAAAAAUACAGUCGAUACAGAGGAAAAGGCCGAAAGAAUAGCUUUGGAGGCUCUACCUCGAAGUAAUUCUAAGAAACGGGAAUGUAGACCGAGGAAAAGGAAAGGUGCUCUGCCAAGAUUUCCUCGCAAGCCCGAGGUGAUGAUUACGUAUGAAGGCAUUCAACUACGUAUGAAACAAUUGGAGGAAUAUUUGUACAAUCUACUCAAUAUAUCCAUUUAUAGAAAUCACCAUGAAACUGUGGCUUUUUUGGAGGUCUCCCAAAUGUCUUUUAUAUCGGAAUUGGGGUCCAAGGGCAAAGAGGGCAUAAUUGAGAAACGCACGGGGUCUACUAGACCCGGUCAGGCUGGUUGCAACUGUUUCGGGCUUUUGGGCAAUAUGGUGUGUGUUCGGUGCAAUUACUUCUGCACAGCAUUGGUAUGCGCAAAAUUUCAAGAGCGAUGGUUAUUUGUCAAGGACACCUUCUUUGGGUAUAUUAGACCCAGCGAUGGUGUCAUCAAGGGUGUCAUGUUGUUUGACCAAGGGUUCGAAGUAUCAAGUGGUAUGUAUUCUACUGGUCUCAGCAAUGGGCUUCAAAUUUUGAACCAGCACAGACAGUUGGUCAUCAAAUGCUGGACAAAACGGAAGAGUAAAGAGUGGAUGCACUACUUAAAAACUGUUGCUAACCAAUCUGCUCGUGACUUCACAUACCCGAACGUACACCAUUCGUUCGCGCCCGCGCGUCCGUCUACGCCCGUGGCCACAUUUGUUGACGGAUGCGAUUAUCUCUCCGCGGUAGCAGAUGCCAUGGAAUUGGCUAGAGAAGAGAUUUUCAUAGCGGAUUGGUGGCUCAGUCCGGAGAUUUAUAUGAAGCGACCCGCGCUCAAUGGCGACUAUUGGAGGUUGGAUACUAUAUUGAAGAGGAAAGCAGCUCAAGGCGUCAGAGUCUUCAUAAUGCUAUACAAAGAAGUGGAAAUGGCGCUCGGUAUCAAUAGUUUUUACAGUAAAACCAGAUUGGCGACUGAAAAUAUUAAGGUUUUUCGUCACCCAGACCAUGCUAAGGUUGGUGUUUUCUUCUGGGCGCACCACGAAAAGAUAGUUUGCGUUGACCAAACUGUUGCCUUUCUUGGGGGCAUCGACCUUUGCUAUGGACGAUGGGAUGAUUAUAGACAUAGACUUACAGACCUCGGUAAUAUAUCGCAGCCGAAAUCAACAAUAAGAAGUAAGAAGAAAACUUCAAGUUCUCCCGGAGGCGGUCUGUUCGUUGCUCGUGAGAAUAACAUGGAUGUGGCAAUUGAACUAGCGAAAGCCACCAAGGAUAUCGUCAUUGGGUAUAACGAGGUGAUUCAAGAAGAGAUCGACCAAAAUGCACAAGGUGAAACGGAGAACGCACCGAACCCUGAUUUGCCAGUCCUCGAACCCGGAGACCACCUUCUCAUAGCUCAAGACAAGGAUGAAAAACAAAACGUACUAGGCAAAUUAACAAAUAGAGGGAAAGAUUUUAUUGGUAUAAUUUACCCGCCGUACGAAGAAGAAAGGAAUGACAAGAAAUUUGAUGACUCAGAAAGAAAGAAGGCAGAGAAGUAUGCGAGAUCCAAUGAUGAAGUUCUUUUGACGGAUGCACUUGGUUUGAAGGCGGAUGGAGUUAAACCUACACCGUUAGCGCAGGUCGUUGAAGGUAGAGUUAUAACGGAAAGUACAAAGAAAGUUCUGGAAGGAAUGGAGGGGAACUCGAAAAUAUGGAUCGGGAAGGAUUAUGUCAACUUUAUAGUGAAGGACUUCAAUAAUUUGGAUUCACCUUUUGUUGACCUUGUGGAUAGAAAUACAACGCCUAGAAUGCCUUGGCACGAUGUUGGUGUGAUGAUACAAGGCGCGGCUGCAAGAGACGUCGCCCGACAUUUUGUGCAACGAUGGAAUGCUAUCAAAUUGGAAAAAGCUCGGCAAAACAGUAAUUACCCAUAUCUAUUACCCAAGACGUAUACGGACAUCAAGCCUUUACAAGAUCUUGCCGAGUUAUUGAGUAUUAAUGUCAAUAAUGUUUCCUGUCAGGUCCUGCGAAGUGUAUCCAGCUGGUCUUGUGGUUUCCUGGACCCUGAUACAGUGGAACAGAGCAUACAUGAGGCGUAUGUUGAUACAAUAACGAGGGCACAGCACUACAUAUAUAUUGAGAACCAGUUCUUCAUCACGCUCUCGAGGACGAAUCCCACUGUUCGGAAUCAGAUUGGUGAAGCCCUAUACAACCGCAUAAUGCGUGCGUUUCGUAGCAAGGAGAUAUUCCGCGUAUACGUCGUGAUGCCCUUAUUACCUGGCUUUGAGGGAGAAGUGGGAGGUGCUACUGGCACCUCUUUACACGCUGUUACGCACUGGAAUUACCAGAGUAUAUGCAGAAGUCGUGAGGCCAUAAUAACCCGUUUGUACGAAGCGGGACUUCCAGACCCAAGCGAAUACAUAACAUUCCACGGGCUUCGAACCCAUUCUUUACUAGAUGAAGAGCCAGUUACCGAACUGGUAUACGUUCAUUCGAAGUUACUCAUCGCUGAUGAUAGAUAUAUUAUCUGUGGAAGCGCUAAUAUUAAUGACAGAUCCAUGAUUGGCACGAGAGAUUCGGAAAUCGCUGUGUUGUUGCAGGAUGAAACCUUCGAAGAUGGUGUGAUGAAUUCUAAACCUUUCCCAGUUGGUCGGGUGGCUGGUGCCCUCAGAAAAAAGUUGUUCCGUGAACAUUUGUGUCUCUUAGACCUGGAUAUGGAACAGAUGGGUAUCAAUAUAGACGACCCAUGUGCUGAACAGUUCUACAUCAAUAUAUGGAAGAAUACAUCAAAGAAAAAUACGGAAAUUUAUGAAGAGGUGUUCCACCCAUUACCGACGGACGCGGUACACACAUUCGCCGAACUAAAGAGAUAUCAAGAGGAAAACUCGGAGACGCUAUGGCGUAAAGACCCGGCGCUGGCGAAUAGGAAAAUAGACCUUAUACAGGGCCAUUUAGUUGACUUACCGCUUGAUUUCUUGUGCAAUGAAACGUUGACGCCUCGCAAUACUUCCAUGGAGGGAAUGCUGCCUACAUCUUUGUGGACGUAA